ACUGCAUGUACUUGGCGGAUUAUGAACAAAUGAAUAGGAAUGCUUUGAAUUUAAAGCAGUUUAAACGUGUUCGUGAGAAUGUGAGAGAUUGUGUGAACACCUAACCUAAUCCUCUUAAAAGACUGCAGGUAUUAUGCUGAGCCGUGGAGAGGAGGUGUGAGCUGUCAUCCUGCGGUGCGCCCUUGUAGCCGCUCACCAAAAACUAGUGUCAGCAUCUCUCAACCAAUCCCUUUACCUUAGCGCACACAGCUGGAGAGAGACCUCGCGUCUAGAACACCUCUAUCACAACAACUCAGCGAUUAAAGUUUGGAGCUGGGACAUCAUGCCAGGACUAUGACAUUAAAACAGACUAUGCUGAAGAUGUGUGCUGACCGCUCACUGAACUGCAUUAUUUGGCUAACUAAUGCUACUGGACCUGUUCCCAUAAGCCUAACCAUGCAUCUGACACGGACCUAAUAAUCCGCUGUGGGAAUCAAGACCACUCUGGCAGCGGUGAACAAUGCAUUUGCCACAAAGACGGAGACUCAAUCGGAGUCGCAUCCUCUUCUUCCUCUCUGGUGUAUUACUGUGCUGCGUCUACACCGUGACGUUCAAGGCCCGGCUGCAGGAGCCACGGGUGGCCCGCCAGGCCGCUGCAGAGGAGGACCCUGGGACAGCACUCCCGGUGGAAGGGGGCGGUAGUGAUAGUAGUAGUGUUCUGGAGGUAGACACACGAGAGGUGGUGACCUCUAACCUCUCUAGCCUAACAGAGAGCUAUGAUGAUGACGUCAUCACCAGGGCUCCUACUGUGCUGGAGGGGGAUGACGUCAUCGUGAUAACUGUCAACAGGACUGACAUUAAGCACUGUAUCUACGUAGAGGACCCUGAACCUGAGCCUCCGACUGAACCUCCUCCCACCUCCCCUCCUCCUAACACCACCACCUCCCCGGGUAUCCCUGGAGAUGUCCCCCACAGGAAGGGAGAGUACCCAGAGGACCUGUUCACAGUGGACCAGAGGAGGCAGGGCUGGGUGACCCUCCACAUCCUGGGCAUGGUCUACAUGUUCGUCUCCCUCGCCAUCGUCUGUGACGAGUUCUUCGUCCCGGCGCUCGGCGUCAUCACCGUGAAGCUCGACAUCUCCGACGACGUCGCCGGGGCAACCUUCAUGGCUGCAGGAGGCUCCGCCCCCGAACUGUUCACCUCUCUGAUUGGCGUGUUCAUCUCCCAUAGCAACGUGGGCAUCGGGACAAUCGUGGGGUCAGCGGUGUUUAACAUCCUGUUUGUCAUCGGGAUGUGUGCCAUCUUCUCCAGGGAGAUGCUCCACCUCACCUGGUGGCCCCUGUUCAGAGACGUCUCCUUCUACAUCAUAGAUCUGAUCAUGCUGAUCGUGUUCUUCUUGGACAACACCAUCAUGUGGUGGGAGAGCGUAAUGCUGGUGUCAGGUUACGUGGCCUACGUCUGCUUCAUGAAGUUCAACGUGCAGAUCGAACACUUCGUCAAGACGCAGAUCAACAAACACAAGAGCAUCGUCAAGAUCAUCAUGCCAGAGGAGGAGGAGGAGAAGGAACCCAAGAAGCAGAACAGUGGACAUCCACCACCUGAUCCACCUCAAAACAAUGUUUCACCAGAACCCAAACCACUACCUCAAGACUCACCCCAGAAGAGAGACAGAGAAAAACUGAAGGUGAAGCCCACUCUCCAGAGAGGAGGCAGUAAUGCGUCUCUCCACAACAGCACCAACAGAAACACCAUCUUCCAGCUGAUGAUCCACACACUGGACCCACUGGGAGAAGAGACGGGAUUUAGCAGAGAUGUUAGAGGCCCUGGUCAGAGGAGAGUUAGACAAGAAACAACAACCUUUAAUGGGGAGGUCAGGACAGAGGUGUCGGUGCAGAGGAAAGCUGGACCUGAGAAGACUGAGCAGGCUGAACCCUCGACCUCCCAGACCACACCUAAAGAAGAGGAGAAACAAGGCCUGUCAGAGACUCAGACGGACCAGGGGCCAGCGGGCGCAGGGGGGUCCGACGGCUCAGACAGCGGUGAGGAGGACGAGAGUGAAGAAGAGAGCGAGGAUGAGGAAGACGAGGAUGAUGAAGACGAAGAGGACGAUGAGGAAAAUAAAGAGGAGGAAGAGGGUGAAGAGAACGAGGAACCUCUGUCGUUAGAAUGGCCAGACACCAGACGUAAACAGGCCACAUAUCUUUUUCUCCUACCGAUAGUGUUCCCUCUGUGGCUCACUGUGCCCGACGUACGCAACCCGGCUUCCAGAAAAUACUUUGCCAUGACGUUUAUUGGUUCCAUCACGUGGAUCGCUGUGUUCUCCUAUCUAAUGGUCUGGUGGGCACAUCAGGUGGGUGAAACCAUAGGCAUCUCAGAGGAGAUCAUGGGCCUGACCAUCCUGGCAGCGGGCACCUCCAUCCCUGACCUCAUCACUAGUGUCAUCGUGGCCCGGAAAGGACUGGGAGACAUGGCUGUGUCCAGCUCAGUGGGAUCCAACAUCUUCGAUAUCACUAUGGGCCUGCCUGUCCCAUGGUUGAUCUUCUCGGCGAUGCAAGGCGGCGUACCGGUGGCGGUGAACUCCAACGGUCUGUUCUGUGCCAUCGUGCUCCUCUUCGUCAUGCUCCUCUUCGUCAUCGUCAGCAUCGCGGCGUGUCGGUGGAAGAUGAGCCGCGUUCUGGGCCUCACCAUGUUCAUGCUUUACUUCGUGUUUCUGGUGCUCAGCGUGAUGCUGGAAGACCGUAUUAUUAUCUGCCCCGUCUCCAUCUGAGGUCAGAGGUCAGACACACCCACUUGGAACCCAGUCCACCCACUGGGGAGCCAGGCCCACCCACUUGGAACCCAGUCCACCCACUGGGGAGCCAGGCCCACCCACUUGGA